GCGAACAAUGGCGGCUUCAAAUGUGGCUCAAGAAGCGGUCGCUACGUACGUUGGACAGAAGGUUGCGUGUGUGAAAUGGAGGCCGACGCCUUUGGGAAGUCUAGAGGAGCCCACACAAUUUGCGUUUGGCAGCUGGGAUGACGAUAGGAAUAAGGUGUGCGUGUGGAGGACUGGAGUGCGUGGAGACGGUGGGUUUUGGGGUGAGCGGUCGAAUGUUGUGCGUGAGCCGCAGAUUGAAGCUGAAGUUGAACAUGAUGGAAAUGUGACUGAUAUCGAGUUUAUGGAUGCAGAGAGAUUAGUUGUUGCAUCAUCAACGGGUUCUGUCUGUAUUAUGAGACAUAGAACAACAUCUCACACAAUAGAUGUUACUCAUCCUUGGGAGAGACCACAUUUCCAUUCACGUAGAGACUCGUUAGCAUCUUGUACCGCCGUAUCAGUCAAUCCACCGGAUGUAGCAACCGUAGGAGAAGACGGCAAAAUAAAUGUUCUUAGGUUGGAGAGGAGGGACCCACUACUAACACUAGAAGCCGAUAGUUUGACAAUGACUUGUAUUACUUGUGUACGGCAAUCAGAGCUGCUAACAGGAAGUGUUGGAGGACAGCUAAAGCUAUGGGACAUACGACAGCCAACAAACCAUCCAGCAAAGAUCUUUUUACUAGUUGGUGAACCAGUAGCAUUACAUUGUUUGGAUCAACAUCCAAAUCAACAUCAUCUUCUUGCAACGGGCAGCGAAGAUGGAGUACUCAGCGUUUGGGACACACGGCAAGAAUGCUCGCCUGUAGGGCAACGAGAGGCCCACACCUCAAGCAUUUGGACAGUCAAAUUCCACCCCACCUGCCCUGAUAAUCUCUUCACUAGUUCCGAAGACGGUUCUGUAUGGCACUGGGAUGCAACCACCCGGUCAACAACUAUGAUUAUGGGAACUCCAGGUGAUCACAUAGGCAUCGGAAUAACAGCAGGAAGUGGGACAUCGUAUAGUCCCUGGAUGCUAGACGAUUCGACUAGAGCUGAAAUACUUGCUACUAACCUCAUACCGUGGCAUAGACUGCCAGUGCACUCACUUGACAUACAAAUGAGACACCUUGUGUGUGGGACAGACAGUGAGGCUAUAAUUCUAAUGAACGACCUUUCUAUACGAUAAAUUUAACGGAGUUAAGAUUCGUCC